ACUUUAGUGUUUAGUUUAGUGUUUAGUUUUUCGUUUUCGGCAUAAAAAGUUAAAGCCAUCAUUAAUAGACAAGAACAACAUAUGAUGGCAUAGAGCAUAAAGUUAAAAGUUUCGCGAAGGAAAGUUUGAAAGUUAAUUUUGCUAAAUUCCAGUACAUAUUAAGUUUUAAAGUUUCACAUACACAACUGCUAAAUCAUGAAUCCAGCUCGCGCCGCUCUAACGGAUAAGCUGCGCUCUCUAUUGAAGGUAACAGCGCUCGGAGCAGCAACCUUUAGCUUCACUUGCCUGUACAAGGGAAAUGAAAGAUUCUACGAAAACAUCUUCAUGCCGAUCGUUCGGCUCGUUCCGCCGGAAACUGCUCAUCAUCUGGCGGUAUUCGGCCUGAAGCUGGGAUUGAUUCGACCCGGAUAUCAAGAUCCGGACAUUCUGCGCACCCAGCUGAUGAAUAUGGUUCUGCGCAAUCCGGUCGGUAUCGCUGCCGGUUUUGACAAACAGGGCGAAGCGGUCUGUGGACUGCAUCUGCUUGGGUUCGGCUUUGUGGAGGUCGGAUCGGUUACGCCCCAGCCGCAGCCGGGAAACCCGAGACCGCGAGUGUUUCGGCUGAAUGAGGAUAAGGCGAUUGUCAAUAGGUACGGAUUUAAUAGUGAUGGCCACAAAGUGGUUUACGAGCGGCUGAAAGAAGCUCGUCAAAAGUGUGGCGAAGAUGUUGUUUUAGGAAUUAAUUUAGGAAAAAAUAAACUUUCAAAGGAUGCGAUCCGCGAUUACGUGAAAGGAGUGAAAAGAUUUAGUGGCUUAGCUGAUUAUCUCGUUAUCAAUAUAAGUAGCCCGAAUACGCCCGGUUUGAGGACUAUGCAAAACAAAAGUACGCUUUUCGUAUUGUUGAGUGAAGUCCUGAAGGCACGGAGUUCCCUGCCGCUGGCAGAACAACGACCUAUUAUGGUGAAACUGGCACCGGACUUGUCCGACGAAGACAUCCAGGAGAUAGUCACAGUUGUAUGCAGCAAAGCAUGUGCCGUCGACGGGCUAAUCGUAUCGAAUACAACCAUCGAAAGGCCAUCUAGUCUGAAGAGUAUCAAUGCCGGCCAGCUGGGCGGCUUGAGUGGGCAGCCAUUGUUCCAAAGAUCUACCCAACUGGUGGCCAAGGUGUACAAAUGGACCGAGGGAAAGAUUCCCAUCAUCGGCGUUGGAGGGAUUUUCAGCGGUCGCGAUGCGUACAAUAAAAUUCUGGCCGGUGCCAGCGCGGUUCAACUAUAUACGGCGUUUAUUUACCAUGGACCACCGAUUGUGAUACGAGUCAAACAGGAGCUUGAGGAGCUGCUGAAGGCGGACGGGUACGACAGCGUGCACCAAGCCGUCGGCAAGGGCGUAGAUCAGAUCUUACAAAGUUGA